AUGCUUUCCGCACUAGAUUCAACCACCACGAGCUCAGAACAACAAAUGGGGGCCACUUCGCCCGAGGUCAAAACCCCGUCGGUCGGUGAGACCAUCCACGUCACCGACUUAACCAAAGAGAUCCACGCCGACAAGCCCGUCCGCUUCACCUAUGAAGCUACGACACUCGGGGUCAGCGACUCCAUCGAAGUCAAAAUCCUCUCCGCCAACACCAAGAUCACCGUGCGCGACCGCACCCCUCCCACACCCCCCUCCUCGGACACCUCCAUGGAGAUCGAAGAAUCCGGCCCAUACGACCUCCGUAACUACGACGAGACCAAAUUCGAGCGCGGGCAACGUUUCUACUUCGAAGGCGACCACAUCCGCGGCGAAGCCGAUAGCGUGGUCUUCACCAACCCCUUCUUGAAAGACUAUGUGCGCGAGCUCUUCGAUGACGACGACGAUGUCAACCAAUACCUGUGGGACGAGCCGGCGAUGAUGGAGGUUGGCGAUCUCAUUGGGCCACUCACAACGUUUGAGGAAGAGAUCCACAAGCGCAGCGGGGUUGAGCGGAAAGCACUCAGGGAGUUAGUAACGUACAUCCGACGCCGGAAUGCCGCGACGAUCCGGCUGAUUGAAGAUUUGAAGACGGAUAUGCGGGUAUCGUUUGCGGCGCUAGAUAAGGUGUUUUCGGCCGGCAGUAAAGUGGUGUAUGUAUCGGAUGGCGUGCUUCACGGGGCUGUGGUGCACAAGAUCCGGCUGGAACGCACGAUUUUCUCGAAAUGGUACACGAUCACGCUGCGGUAUAUCGGGACGGACGGGAAGAAGUUCCAUCAAGAGUUUGAAACUGUCGAGGUCUCCUUUUUCGGGGGUACCAAGCCAUUCAAGUCCCUCUCGCUCCAACCCCUCGUGGAAGACUCGCUUAUCUGGAAGGAGCUGCGCGACCGCGGGGAGAAGUUCCUGCUGCACGCCCACGGCCACCACUACCUCACCUACGAAGGCGCAGGCUGGGACACCUCACGCUACCGCCGCCGGAUCCGGGCCAGCGGCCGGGUGAUGAUCGACGCCGUCUCCUUCGAUUUCAUGAACCCGAACUUCCAGUCAGCGCAACGCGCCUCCGGCGAACACUCCUUCUCCGCCGUUCAACCCAAGGACGUCGUCACCUGCUCCCCGGUCCUUCGCGGCUUCUCCUUCUCAGCCAAACAGUGGGUGACGCUCGAGGUGGCCAAGCUCGACGCGAUCGUGUUCGACGACAACGCCUUCGACGGCCUUGUUCUGGAAGCCGACACAAAGGACACGAUCGAGAGCCUCGUCACGUCCUUCGACUCGACGUCCAACCUCGACUUGAUCGCGACCAAAAGCGAGGGUCUGAUCCUCAAUCUAGCGGGACCACCCGGAGUGGGGAAAACACUUACCUGCGAAGCAGUUGCCGAGAAACUCCAUCUGCCCCUCUACUCCGUCACUGUCGGAGAACUCGGUACGGAGCUGAAAGACCUCGAGACAAACCUCCGCAACCUCCUCGAGAUCGCCGCGCGCUGGCAGGCCAUCACACUGAUCGACGAGGCGGACAUCUUCAUGCAGCAGCGGACCGACAUGGACGUUGUGCGUAACGGGUUUGUUGGGAUCUUCCUCCGCUUGCUGGAAUACCACCGCGGGAUCUUGUUCCUAACUACGAAUCGGGUUGAGGCGUUCGACGUGGCGUUCAAGAGCCGGAUCAGCUUGUCGGUUAUGUAUCCUGAACUCGAUCAUGCUGCUCGUCGCCAAAUCUGGAAUAUCUUCCUGGGUCGCGCUGGCGUGCCUCAUGAGUUGGAUGUGGAGGAGCUGGUCCAUUACGACAUGAACGGGAGGGAGAUCCGCAGUCUGAUUCGUCUUGUCCUUGCGCUUGCGUUGAAGGAUGGGAGCGGGGUGAUGAAGAAGGAGCACCUGGCGAAGGUACUUAAGGUGCAGCAGAAUCGGUUCAUAGAAUAA